UUGCAACGCUCUCUCUCUCGCUCUCUCUCCAGGUGGUAGAGGCUUAUAAGCAAGGUCUCAGGCCAGCCGUGGGCUAUGAGCUCAACCCCUGGCUGCUGUGUCUCUCCAACUACCGGGCCUGGAAGGCUGGGUACCGCGGGCAGGUUUCCUUCCUGAAGAAAGAUCUCUGGAAGGUGAAUCUUUCCGACUGCUACAACGUGAUCGUGUUCCUGGCCCCCAGCGUGAAACCUCCCCUAGCCGCCAAGCUCCUUGCAGAACUCCCCGACGAAGCCCGGGUGGUGGCUGGACGCUUCCCCUUCCCCUCCUGGACCCCCACCAGCACCCUUGGGCAGGGGCUGGAGCAAGUCUGGGCCUAUGACAUGAAGGAGGUGCGGCGAGUGGCGCCGAGCAGCGCAGAGGGAAGCCCGGUCUAACGGCAGCCUCGUUAAGCCUGGCAUUAAGUGUCAGCAGUGGUAGGGGUCAGAGCCUCUCCCAGCCCUUGGGCUCAGCUCAGGACAGCAGUGAGAGGGAUGCUGGCCAGGCUUUUUCCCGGGGACUUGCAGGGUGGUGGUCCCUCCUUGCCUUCCAAAGAGUGGGCAGUUUGGGGGAAGCAAGGGAGGGGAAAAACGCAUCUAGAAAUCCUGGAAUUAUCGCAGGAUUUAAGGGCUAAAUCUCCAGUGCCUCUUUCUGUAUGUUUGCUACUUUUAUUUCUAGUUAUUUUUUCAAAAUAAACGUUUGGACGGUUCUUCCCUC